UGGAUCCCCCGCUUCACUUCCGGUGGCUCCCUACCUGGAUGCUGUCUGCUCACCCAAGUGGCUUGGGGUGGCGCGCUUCAUUCUUUUCUUUCAUUGACUUUUCCAAGUGCAUGCUGAACUGCGUAUCGGCACUGCUUGAGUUCUCGGGACACUCGGAGGGAACGUACUGUACGACUACGGAGUAGUUGAAACCCCGGAAUAAAGGAGGAGACGAUCUGAUUUAUUUUCGAGCUUCUCUUAAAGACGCUGAGAACUUAAAUAGGACUUGCCGGAAUUAUUUUUAAAAAAAAUGUCUGUGACGUUGCACACAGAUGUAGGAGACAUUAAAAUAGAGAUCUUCUGUGAGAGGACUCCCAAAACAUGUGAGAAUUUCUUGGCUCUUUGUGCUAGUAAUUACUACAACGGCUGUAUAUUUCACAGAAAUAUCAAAGGUUUCAUGGUUCAAACAGGAGAUCCAACAGGUACUGGAAGAGGAGGAAACAGUAUUUGGGGCAAGAAGUUUGAAGAUGAAUAUAGUGAAUAUCUUAAGCACAAUGUUAGGGGGGUUGUGUCGAUGGCCAAUAAUGGUCCCAACACUAACGGGUCUCAGUUCUUCAUCACCUACGGCAAGCAGCCACAUUUGGACAUGAAGUACACAGUGUUUGGGAAGGUAAUAGAUGGUCUGGAAACUCUAGAUGAAUUGGAGAAGUUACCAGUAAAUGAGAAGACAUAUCGACCUCUUAAUGAUGUCCACAUUAAAGACAUAACUAUUCAUGCCAACCCAUUUGCUCAGUAGCUAUAUUAAGCUGGACAAAUACAUGACAAAGUGUUUAUUGGAACACACCCAUUGUGGUUUACCCUGUUGUAAUUACAUCAGAGACUGUAUCCUCCUCCUACUUGUUUACAAAAUUUUCUAUGAACUGGUGGUGCCAGGGAAAGCACAGAAUCUUUAGUGCCCAUUCCUAUGGCAUAUUAUUUUCUACAACUGCUAGUCAAUAUAUUUGUUUAAUUUUAAAUAUAAAGUCUUGUUUGGGCCGGUGUUAUAGCCUAGUGGCUUUAUCUUCUCC